AUGGCACCGCGGCGUCACGCGAACGGCCACGCUGGUGUUGUACUAAUGGAGAACGGAGGCGGAGGCGGCGGUGGCGGUGGAGGAGCCGGUGGCGGUGUCUUGAACGACACGAUGGAGAACAACCUGCUAACACAGAAUCAGACGACCCGUUGUUGCACGCCUACCGGCGAGUGCCUCCGGGGUGAUGCUUUAAUUCGCUUGAACGCUCUGCACGACGCGGUCAAGGUGACGUGCAACAACGAGAGCUGCCCGGUCGGCCAGUUCAUGCAUCGCGAGUGUUUCGACGCCUGGGAGCAAACGGUGCUCACCUACUUGAAGACGUGCGGACGGGCCCGUAGCUGGUCCGAGCGGCAACGCCAUCAGAACCUCUGGACGAAAAAGGGUUACGAUCUGGCGUUUAAGGCGUGCGGCUGCCGUUGCGGCCGCGGACACUUGAAGAAAGAUCUCGAUUGGAUCCCACCGGGAAGCGGGAACGCCACCGGCAACAGACAGGACGAGAACGAGGCGAAGAAGAAGAAACGUCGCAAUCGUCAGAACACCAGGCCAACGCUGGCCGUUUCCGCUGGACCGCCCAGCCAUGGCAAUCACGUUUCGGCGAACGGUCGCGGUGCAACCGAGGCGCAGUUGAUCGAAUCCAGCCGUGGAAGAGCUGGCUCGCUCUCGUCCAGCACCGGUUCCAGCUCACCACCGGCCACCAGCGAACCCAGCGUCAGCCCCCUUCAUCAGCCUCAGGUCAUCAUGAAGAAGAAGAGCAAGAUUGACUUCUUCAGCGAUCGGGCCCGGUAAGUGUAUCCUCCUCUCUUUUCUCUUUUAUCACUCUCUACUUGCCCGUUUUUGCCGGUUUUUAGCGUUUAUCAACUGUUCAGAUACGUUGAUCAACUUUCUCUCUCUUUUUUUUUUUUUUUUUUUUCCAUGGAUAAGUCGCUUGUUCUUCAGGAAUUGA